AUGGCUUGGAGUGAAAGGGGUCCUAUUGCAAGAAACCUAACUGUUGAAUUUGAACAAUCUGGUUAUGAGGGUAUGUAUGAGGAGGAUGAAGAGGAUGGAGAGGAUGAGGAGGAUGGCAUUGAUGUUGAUGAUGAGGACGAGGGUGAUGAAGGUACUGUUCUUGAGCCUAUACAUGUGGAGGAAGCUGGUGAUGAAGGCACUAUUCUUGAGGAAGAUGAUGAAGGUAUUGUUUCGGAUGGUAUAAAUGUGGAGGAUGAGACUAUAUAUGAAGAGGGAGAGAAUGACAAAAGGGCUGAAAAUGAUAGUGAAAAUAGUGAAGACCCUGAAUUUUAUGAUAGUGCUUAUGACCAAAGUGAAGAUGAACAAUGCUUGCUGGAGAAGGAUGAUAGAGCAUUUGACAACUAUGUUGACCACAAUGCUCCAAAUAUUGAUCCAGCUACAGAUGAAGGAGAGAAAUCAGAAGAUGUGGCUGUAAGUGAUGUUAAUAGCUUGGAUAGUAGCUCAUGUGAUGAGGUUGCAUUGCCUAUGAGAAAGAGGAAGAGGAAACUGCCCAAGUUUGAAGAUUUUAGGCCUGAAAAAAAUUUGAAUAACCCAAUCUUGAAGCUUGGUCUAAGAUUUAUAAGUGUAUAUGUUUUUAGGAAAGCAGUGAGAAACUACUCAGUGUUCAACAGAAGGAAGAUUAAGUUAUCCAAGAAUGAUAAAGAUAAAGUUAGAGCAGUUUGUGAUGGGAUCAAGAAUGGAAAAUGUCCAUGGUUUGUUUAUGCUUCAGCUGUAAAUGGAAGUAGCAUGAUUCAAAUUAAGAGUUAUGAAGAAGAGCACACUUGUGGGACUGUUGAACGCAAUGUCCAUGCUAACUCAUCAUGGUUAGUAGAGAGAUAUGCUACACAGCUGUCUAGAAUAAUAAAUUGGGAUGUAGGAGCUUUUAAGGAAAGGGUGAAUGAAGAUAUAUGUGUCAUAGCUUCAAGAUCACAGAUUUACAGGCCAAGGCAAAAGGCAACUGCUGUAACUACAAAGAAAGGAUUUAUUGAUGCUUUGAGGCCAGUUAUUGGUUUGGAUGCUAGUCACAUCAAAGGGCAAUACCCUGGCCAAUUACUAUCUGCUAUUGGUGUUGAUCCUAACAACGGCAUGUAUCCAAUAGCUUAUGUAGUGGCAGAGGCUGAGAAUUAUGCAACUUGGACUUGGUUUUUGGAACUCUUAGCUGUUGAUCUUGGCAUUGAAAAUAGCAAUGGCUAUGUGUUCAUUACAGAUGUACAAAAGGGCUUAAUUGAUGCAGUGGGUGACAUGUUUCCAAACUCUGAGCAUAGGCAUUGCCUUAAACAUCUGCAUGCCAAUUUUAUACUUGCUGGCCAUAAAGGAUUAAUUCUGAAACAACAUAUGGAGGCUGCUGCAAGAAGUACAACUAUACCUUGGUUUCAAGUAGAGAUGAAAAAGCUCCAAGAUUUGUCAGGACCAGCUUUUGAUUGGUUGUCAAGGCUUAAUCCAAUGCAGUGGUGUAGAUCUCACUUCAUAACACACUCAAAAUGUGACAUUAUCUUGAAUAACAUGUGUGAGGCAUUCAACAAGUCUAUCCUUGAUGCUAGAGACAAGCCUAUCAUAACAUUGCUUGAAAGGAUCAGGUAUUACAUCAUGUUGUUGAUGGCAACUAGAAGAGAAGCUAUGGAGAAAUGGGCUCAUGAUAUGAGGCCAAAAGUUUUUGCAACUCUUGAAAAGCUUAGGAAGCAAUCAGCCUGGUGCAUUCCAAGGCUUGCAAGGGAGAGCAAAUAUGAGGUUAAGUGUUUUGGAGGCACUCAGGUGGUAGUUGAUUUGAGAAACAAAAGUUAUUCAUGUAGGCAAUGGGAUCUAACUAGAAUCCCAUGUAAGCAUGCUUGUGCUGCCAUUGGGUAG